AUGGUGAAGGCAUUCAAGUUUGGAGACGAUCUAUGGGAUCCGUCACAUCGCUUCGAGACAUCAUGGAUACUACCACCAUAUGCUCUAUUCGCGUGUAGAGCCUUCUUUUCUCUAUACGCUUUCACGACUCUCUUCACCACCAUCGGCUACCAGUGCGUGCACCCAGCCGCCGGGUCGACUUAUGCCUGCGAGGCCUCGGCCGCCAGCUUCUCCUACUUUACCGUCCUGACGUACUGGGGCCUGGCCUGGUACUUCCUCUUUGCUUCGAUUCACACCUUUACCUAUGCGCGCUGGAAUGUCGCACUCCUGGACAAGUGGCCGCGGCCUCUGCAAGCCAUGCACGCCUUUUACCACACCACCAUCACUACUUACCCGUUUCUCGUGACCAUUGUAUACUGGGGCAUCCUGUACACGUACGGCAGCGCCUGGUUCCCAACAAAGUACGCAGCCUGGAGCAAUCUGUCGGAGCACGGCUUCAACUCCUUCUUUGCCCUGUUCGAGAUCUUCGUGACCCGCACCAACCCGGCGCCAUGGAUUCACAUCUUCUGGCUGAUUGUGGUGCUGGCCCUGUACCUGUCACUGGCCUACAUCACCUAUGCGACCAAGGGCUUCUUUGUCUACAGCUUCCUCGACCCGACAGUCAUGCAGCACGGCCUGGUCGCCGCCUACGUCUUUGGCAUCGCCAUCAUAAUUGUCAUCAUCUUCUCGCUGGUCAAGGGCGCCGCCUGGUCGAGGCGCUGGCUCACGGAGAGCAAGCUGGGCAUGGAGGGUAAGAUGGCCCACGGCGGCCUUCCAGGCACGACCCGCAGCGCCGCGAGCAGCUGGCGCGAUGAGCAAGACGUCGAAAUGGCUGCAUCUAGCCCGGGUCUGACUGCCGGCAAGGAGGAUAGGAGAACAUGA